AUGGAAAGCGAUGUGGUUGCUCAGUUCACAGAGAUCACCGGCUCGAACCCUUCGCUGGCGACUCAGUAUUUACAGCUGGCAGACUUCAAUAUUGAGCAGGCCAUGCAACUCUAUUUUGAGAAUGGGGGGGCGCCUUUGACUGAGGAGCCGGUUUCAUCAGCCACCGGGCCUAGGCCUCCACGCACUGCUGGAUACGAGGAUAAUUCCGGUAUCGUACACAUUGAUUCCGAUGAUGAUAUUUCCAUCGACGAAGCACGUUCUGCGGCUCGACCACAGCAGCCACAAGGGUCGAUGUUUGAGGAUGAUGAAGCUAUGGCCCGUCGUUUACAAGAAGAAAUGUACCGUGACGGAAGAGACAGUUCUGAUGGUGUGAGAGCUCCUAUGGCCCGCACGACGGAAACGCUCGUAGGACCGGAGGCGGACUUUGACGACGGUGACAUGCAUGCGAGUAUUUUGGGCCAGUUGCGUGCGCGCCAGCAAAGAAGCAGUCGACCUGGUAUAUUCAAUCAAAGGGACACUGCAGCAAUUUGGACAGGUGAUGAUGAGGGCUCGCAUCGCGAAAGACUUGCAGCGGCAACAGGCGGAGCAUCUGAGGCUUCCAGCAAACAAAACAUGCUAGCAGAGAUGUACCGGCCCCCAUUUGAUCUCAUGUCGCGGUUGCCUUGGGAUCUUGCACGGCAGGAGGGUCGUGAAAAUGAGAAGUGGUUGCUCGUCAACAUACAGGAUCAGUCCAUAUUCGACUGCCAAGUAUUGAACAGAGACUUGUGGAAAGAUCCCAGUGUCAAGGAAACCGUCAAAGAACAUUUCAUAUUUUUGCAGUAUUCUAAGGAUGAUUCACGUGCGACACCUUAUCUGCAAUACUAUUUCCAAGCGAGCGAUGUCUCUGAGAACUACCCGCAUAUAGCCAUCGUUGAUCCUCGGACAGGCGAGCAAAUGAAAGUUUGGUCCGGGCCACCUGUGGUCAAGCCUGCGGAAUUUCUCAUGCAGCUUCAUGAAUUCCUUGACCGUUACAGUCUCAAGCAUAACGUGCGAAAUCCAGUGGCGAAGCGAAAACCCGAAAAGAAGGAGAAGAGCAUCGACACGAUGACCGAGGAAGAAAUGCUCGAGAUGGCAAUGAGAAAUAGCUUGGGAGACGGGGUAGCACAGACUCAGAGAGUGGAGGAUCCGGACGAUUUGACCCGCAGUACUGAAGACGUCAAGGGCAAAGGCAAGGUCGCUCGUACUGAAGAUGUCAUUAUGGGCGAGGACGAUCUAGCUGAGGAGGCACUGGAAGAACCAUCAUCACUGUUCUCGUCCAUUCCGGACAACCGGCCACAUACUGAGCCACCAGCCGAUCCUGCCACUACUACCCGUAUUCAGUUUCGCCAUCCGUCCGGAAGGGUCAUUCGUCGCUUUGCUCUGGCUGAUCCCGUCAGAAGGAUUUACGAAUGGCUCAAAGCUGACCCCCCCUUGCCGGAAAAGGCAGGCGUUGAGUUUGAGCUCAAUUCGAUGGGCCGCAAUCUAAUCGACUCACUCGACUUGAGCAUUGAGGAGGCAGGCCUCAAGAACGGAACUGUCAUGAUAGGAUACCUGGAAGACCUAUAG